AUGGAUGUCGACUGUCUUUACUUCUUUUCUCUUCUUCUCUGGCUGCUUCUCGUCGGCCCGAGUAGAUGGACAGCAUGUGUCAAACUGUGUAGGCCGUCGACGGGUGCAACAAGCACAAGCGUGCAACAAGCCUCUCUCUUCCUCUUGGUUUCUCAGUCAGCCACACCCGAAACCCCAAAAGCCAAGGUAAAAAGAUCUGACCGACCUUUGAUAUGCCCGGGCCCCUGGCCAUGGGGAUGGAACGAUGGAUUAUGGAGCUACUGA